UAUUAUGUAUUUAUAUUGAGGUCAGGGUGGAAGAUUUAUACAAAUUUACAGCUCCAAAUGAUUUCGUUAUCAUUUGUUAAAAAUUAUCAAAUAAAUUUUAAUUAAAUAUGGAAACACCUCAGGUAAUUGAAAAAGUCUGUAACGGAUGUCAAUAUUACAUGUGUAGUAAAUGUAUUUUUAUAAGCCUUGAUAAAAAUAUAUUGACAGCUCAUGUUAAUGAAAAAUUUGACAGUAUAAUGUGUCAAAAUAAUCGUAAAAAAAUAACAUGUUUUGGUUGUUCUAAUAAUUUUUAUACUAAAGAUUCUCUAUUGUCACAUAUCGUCAAUGAUCAUCAGAUGAGUGAAACAGAUGCAAAAAUACUAAUAGAAAAACUACUUGCUAGUAAUAACGAACAAAUAAAAGAAAAUAAUAAUAAAAAAAUUUGUGGAAUUAAAAUAACAAGUGAUGUUAAAAUAAUUCCAUCAAAAAUAUUAUUAAUAAAAGAACAAAAAAAAAUUGAUAAACCAUUAGAAUUAUUUUCAAGCAACAUUGAUGAUAAUAAAAUAUUAAUAAAUGAAAAAAAUAAAUUAACAACAACAACAAAUAUAAAUAAUAAAAUAUUGAAAAAAAGCAUUGAUUCAAAACAACAACAUUUUAAAUGUUCAAUUGAUAAUUGUACUGUACGAUUAUUAUCAAAUGAAAAUAUGGAAUAUCAUAAAACAUGUCAUAAUGAUAAAAAAAUAGAUAACAAUGAUAAUUUUAAAUGUCCAGAAUGUGAACAAUAUAAAACAAAAGAUUGGCGUAAUAUAGCAUCACAUUUAUGGCGACAACAUAUUAUUGAUAUGGAAUUAUAUGCAUGUGAUUUAUGUAAUUAUAAAACACCAAGUUUAAGUAAAUUAAUAAAUCAACAUCGUGGUAUACACAGUGAUGAUAGACCAUUUAUAUGUGAAUAUUGUGGUAAAGGUUUUAAAACAAAUAAACAAUUACGUACACAUAAAAUAUUUCAUAAAAAUAAUAAUAGUAAUGUUACAUAUCAAUGUAAUAAUUGUCAAAGAAUAUUUAAAAAUUUAAGAUUACUCAAAUUGCAUAAUAAUACUGUUCACAAUGAAUAUAAACCAUUUAAAUGUCAUUAUUGUGAUUAUUCAGCAUCAACAAGAAGUGUAUUAAAACUUCAUUUAAGAAGGCAUACUGGUGAAAAACCAUUUUCAUGUGAUCAAUGUUCUUAUUCAACUGGUGAUCAUAAUUCUUUGAGAAGACAUAAACUCCGUCAUUUAAAAUUAAAACCAUAUAAUUGUCAUUUGUGUAAUUAUGCAUGUAUACAAUCAUCAACAUACAAAGUACAUUUAAAAAAUAAACAUCCUGGUAUGAAUCACGAAUUAUUAUUUUCAUGUAAAUAUUGCUCAUAUAAAUCUCUAAAUAAUGGAAAUUUAUUAACACAUAUUUCAACAAAACAUGAAAAUAAAGAAACAGAAAAUACACAAAUAAAUACUAAUUAAAAUUUCAAUAAAACUAUAAUUUUUCAUUUGA